AAUUAAUAAAUGUCAACAAAUAAGACACGGUGUUGGUGUGUGAAGCGGUAUUAUUUAGGUUUUCAAUCUUUAUUUCAUGUUUUUUCCACAUUCAUAACAUUUUAAUAGCAUAAACAUCAAGAACCGAGUGUGUCGUUAAAAUAAGUGUAGUAUUUAAUGUAACGGAGUCUUUUUGACGUCGUUACACUGACUAUUUAAUCACGGAUGGAGGCAAAACUUAAGGAAUACCGUGCUUUGCGACGUCGAAAAGAACUUAUAGAAAACACAAAGGAGAAACUAGCAAGAACCAAGGAGAAAGUCGUCACCUUACUAACACCAAGCUUUAUGAAGAAUAUGGAGAAACACGAAAACGAUGACGAAGUUCUGUUGAUAGAAAAUGAGCAAGAAAUACAUCACGAGAUACCUCUUGUAGAAGAAACACAGGAAGUGGCCUCGGAAGUCAGUGAAGUCGAGUCCCUGGAAGAAGUCAAACAGGAAUCUUGGAAAUAUUUCAUUACCAAAUGGUCCAUCUACUUCAUCACAUGGCUGACACUGUUCAUUUUCUUCCUAAAGCUACAGUUUGGUGCUGUAUUCUUUGUACUUUCAUGCUUAAUAGGCAUCUACUUGAAUACUAGGACAAGUCCUAGGAAAAAGGGGGAAGUCUCAGCAUAUAGUGUGUUUAAUGAGAACUGUGUCAGUAUAGAUGGGACUCUCAAGGCUGAGCAAUUUGAAAGGGAAAUUCGUUAUGGGCCUGCUAGUGUUAGAUAGGUCUAUGUUUACUAAUAAUAAUGUGCCUUGUAUACAUUUUUAUGAAGAUUUUCUUUGCUAAGAAUCAUAUUUUCUGAUAUUUAUUGAUUAAAUUAUUUAAGACUCCAUUUGCAUGUUUGUACUGGCUAAUCAUACUGAGGCUUUGCAAUACAUAGCUUGAGUAGAUGGAUUAUGUACUGAGAGCAAUAUUUUAAAAUGUAUGAUUGCUAUGAAAUAAAAGACUGAGUGCAUUGAAAGGUUUAUUUUUAUUAAAUAUAUAGAAUAUCUUU